UUAACAAACCAUCCACUCCCAGCAGAUGCUAGAACUAAUACCCCAUCAAAGACUAGGAAAGAAGCAAUGUGCUUUGUGAAAGUUUUCAGUGUCUCUGAAACAGGAACACAGCAGGAGGCAGGCUGUGGACCCUCAAGACAUGUGGUUCCUCAUAUGGCCUCCAGAGGGCGCUGCUGCACUCACAUCUCAUCCUUCUUGCAGCUGGCUGAGUAUUUAGCAAAGGCAAGUGACAAGAAUCAGAUAUUCAAAACCUUCCAGGCUCCAGUUUGCAGCUUUUAUCAGUUUUUAACUGAGCGGGAUACUUCUCCAGCAGACCCACCCGACACCUGCUUUCAAGCUCUUGCUUUCCUCAGCCAUUUUCCUAGCUGUCCUGUUCCUGAGAGUUCCGAGGCUCCAACCAUGCUCCUGAUGCUCCUCCAAGUGUUGGGGAUAAACUUCCUCCUGAGGGAAGCCCAAGCUCAGUCAGUGACUCAGCCUGAUGCGCAUGUCACUGUCCCUGAAGAAGCUUCUCUGCAGCUGAGAUGCAAGUAUUCCUACUCUGGGACACCUUACCUGUUCUGGUAUGUCCAGUACCCAUGGCAGGGGCUGGAGCUGCUCCUCAAGUACUAUUCAGGAAACCCCGUGGUUCAAGGAGUGAAUGGCUUUGAGGCUGAGUUCAACAAGAGCGACUCUUCCUUCCACCUGCGGAAAGCCUCUGUGCACUGGAGAGACUCGGCUGUGUACUUCUGUGCUCUGAGCGCACAGUGUGUGGGGCUGUAGGGGGAGCUGAACACAAACACCCAUGGCCGUGGGUGCUCAGACUCAAGAUCUCUCCUUGUGGCCUCUUUCAACUUGGCAAGGAGAAAUGGGAAGUUGCACAGUCCCGGCUGCCUUUGCACAGCUUAUUUCCAGCUAAAUCAUCCACUCUAUCCAAUGCUCAAUUGCAUUGGAGGAUGCUCUGUGGAAUGGAGGAGACACAUUGUCUUGGGCUGCACAUGGUGUUGAACAUAGACUCAGGGGGUGCUCAGACUCGUGAUUUCUCUCCCUGAAGUCUUUGAAAUAUCUUUUUGAACUUGAAGAAGAGAGAAGGACAGUUGAGCAGUUCCAGCUGUCCUUGAACAACUCAUUUCUACCUCAAAUAUCCACUGUCUGACGCUGUCUCAGAAGUCCUGUACAUAUUUUCAAAAUUAUCUAAUGCUCAAUCAUAAUUCCUUUGAAUGGAAGAAUAACAGUUAUUCAUGGAGAAUAACAGUGUUAUUAUACAUGAGAACCAUUUUCUGAGUGGGCAUUGCUUGGAUAGUGACUAGACUAAAUGGGUGAUGGUUAAAUACCAGAAGCUGGACUUUUGUUUGUCAUUUUAUGUGUCAUCUACAUAGAAAUGAAAGGACUGCUCUUCAGUUUUUGUCCUGAAAUUUGCCUUCUCUACUCAGUCUUUCAUACUGAAUUGCCUGUGUGUUUUUCUUUUGGUGUUAAAUGUACUGAUGAGAAUUGGUCAUAAUAUAUGAGCACUUCCAUUUAG